UGGUAUUUCAAGAUGGCUGCGCCCAGCAGCGGGAUGUAGAGGCAGACAGUGUUGUGAAAGCAGGUUUCAUUGACAAUCGAGUAGCUGCAGGUCGCAGCUGACAUCUCCACAGAGAGACAGAGGACCGUCUGAGUAACCUAUCACCCCCACUGACCCGCCGACAUGAGCAAAAAUGAUUUAAUCCUCCCCAAGGACUUUCCCCAGCUCCAGAACGAUACAUUCCUGCGAGCCGCACGAGGAGAAGAAACUGAACAUGUCCCUGUGUGGUGUAUGCGACAGGCUGGACGAUACUUACCAGAGUUUCGUGAGUUCAGAGCAGGGAAGGACUUCUUUGAUACAUGUCGGUCGCCAGAGGCCUGCUGUGAGCUCACUCUGCAGCCUCUGAGACGUUUUCCCUUCGAUGCUGCCAUCAUCUUCUCUGACAUCCUGGUUAUCCCACAGGCCUUAGGUAUGGAUGUCCAGAUGGUGGCAGGUAAAGGUCCAACAUUCCCAGACCCUCUGAAGGAGCCAGAGGACUUGCAGCGCCUGCAAUCUAAAGUGGACGUGGAGAAAGAACUGGGUUAUGUCUUCAAAGCCAUCACACUGACCAGACACAAGAUAGAGGGCAAAGUGCCACUCAUUGGAUUCACCGGAGCUCCGUGGACACUGAUGUCCUACAUGAUAGAAGGCGGAGGUUCCAACACCCACUCUAAGGCAAAGCGCUGGCUGUACCAACACCCUGAGGCCAGCCACAUGCUGCUGAAGAUGCUGACAGAUGUGAUAGUGGAGUAUCUGCUGGGACAGGUGGCAGCUGGAGCUCAGGCUCUGCAGGUGUUCGAGUCCCAUGCUGGCAUUUUGGGGCCUGUGGAGUUUAAGGAGUUUUCUCUGCCUUACCUUCGAGACAUCGCUCGCCGUGUCAAAGAGAAACUCAAGGAGACAGGGAAGGACAUUCCCAUGAUUGUGUUUGCAAAGGAUGCUCACUACGGUUUGGAGGAUCUGUCUCAAUCUCAUUAUGAGGUGGUUGGGCUGGACUGGACCAUUGACCCACGAUCGGCACGGAAGCGCACAGGAGGGAAGGUCAGCCUACAGGGGAACAUGGACCCUUGUGCUCUCUACGCUCCCAAGGAGCACAUUUCAAAAAUCGUGAAGAAGAUGCUGGAGGGUUUUGGCACGAGGGGCUACAUCGCCAACCUGGGCCAUGGACUUUACCCCGACAUGGACCCGGAGAACGUGGGCGCCUUUGUGGAAGCUGUGCACCAACACUCCAAACAGAUGAACAAGCAGCUGUAAAGGUGGAUGUGUGUGUGUGUGUGAGGCAGUGUGUAAGCCAAACAUGCUGUAGAUAGUAUGGGAGAAAAUAUACAAUAAUGCAUUACUUAAUUAAAAACAGUUUCAGCUUCACAUGUGUUAAAUAAUCCACCCGGGAGAUUUUCAUGGAGGGAAAAUAAAAACAUGUGAUCUAAAAUAAACAAUAAACAAGAUGUGACAAGAUUUUCUGUUCGUCGUAUAAUAUCUUUAUCUGACCAGGAGUGGAUUAAGUUUUUCUAUUUGAGAUGACGGCAAUCAAUUUUGCAAGUGCAUGUACAAAUGUAAGUUGUUUGGGAUUUGAAUUCAUAUUUGAUCUAUUUAAAAAUGUUCCGACGGCUUUAUCUGCGAUACGAAAGCUAUUUCUUUGAUCUAUUUUUCAUCCCCAUAAUGUCACUCUCACACAUACAAUUUGAGGCUAUACCCUUUUAUAUACUUUUUAAAAGCUGUAAAAAUCUUCAAUAAAAACCUCUUUUUAUUGAAGAUCUUGUUGAAGAAAAGAAAAACAAAAAGGAUCCAAACUGAAAAACGAAAGGAUUUGGAAGAAUCGUUUCAGCAAGAGAUGCAUUUAUAACAUAUUUUGUGGGAAAAUGUCAGCACACAGUUGAUCAUUCCACCAUCUUAACAGUAAACAGGUGCCCUGCUGGAUCUCAGCACAACUACCUUUAUUUUUACUCCUGCAGAUCUUUUAAGAAAUGCAAGUUCUGUCAGAAAAUGCCUUAUGCUGGCUUUGUUUUUCAUCUGAAUCGUUUUAAUUUUUUUUCUGAAAUUGGCUUGGAAGCCCAUAGAGGAUGCAUGUGAUUGCAUUUCUCCACAUUAUUGAAACUCAUAAUGUGUGUAUCUGGCUAUUUUUUGUUCUGUCCACUUUAAUAAAGCCUGAUUUAAAUUUGGAGAAA